AUGAGCUCGUCUAAUCCACACAGCUUGAACCUCAAGCUGUUGCUGAUAGGUAAUUCAAGCGUCGGGAAAUCAUCGUUAUUACUUCGUUUCACAGAUAACGAAUUCCUCUCGGACGAGGAGACUGCUGCGACUAUCGGCGUGGACUUCAAAGUCAAAAGUAUAGAAAUAGACGGCAUAAAGUACAAACUGUCUGUCUGGGAAAGGUUUAGAACUUUGACGUCGAGCUAUUACAGAGGUGCGCAAGGCGUAGUAUUAGUCACCACUGAGGAAGGUCAGGCAUUUGCUGAGCGCAUGGGAGCUUUAUUCAUCGAAUGCUCCGCCAAAACAAGAUUCGGAGUUCCAGAAGCUUUCGAGGAACUGGUUAAAAGAAUCCUCGCAUCACCCACUCUCUGGGCCAAGUCCUCGACCGCUAAUCGGAAAAGUGAACCGAUCAAAUUGGAAGAUGACAGUUGGACAGGGGGUGGGUGUAGCUGCUGA